UGGGCUGGUCCCUUCACUAACUUAAUAUCUCUCGGAAGAGCUGAGAACUCUGUUAGUUUCUUCAAGCCUCAGAGGCAAACCGUCAAGUCUGACAAGUGCAAAGAUGAACUGAGAAGAUAACAAGAUAACAUCGACGAAUAGGUGAACAAAGCGCUGCUCAGUAUGCAGCCAAAAGACGAGGUGACACCUCGAUGGAGAGUGGGGUCCGGCUCCAGUCUACGUUACGGCGCUUUUGUGAGCAGCCUGUCAUCGAUCACACCAAGGGCAGAGGAAAAGGAGAAAGUGACCAUAUCACCUAGACGUGCCUACGUCGCCGUCGCCGUGCUUUGUUACAUCAACUUGCUUAACUACGCAGAACGGUACACGAUAGCAGGUGUCCUUCCCCACAUUCAAGAAUUCUUUCAAAUAAGUGACAGUAUGGCUGCACUUAUACAAACAGUUUUCAUCAGCAGUUUUCUACUCUUGGCGCCUCUCUUUGGUUACCUUGGAGACCGUUACAACCGGAAACACAUCAUGAUUGGUGGUUUGAGUGUUUGGCUUGUGACUGCAGCUGGCAGCUCUUUUGUCACAGAGUCGUACUUCUGGCUUCUGAUGCUGUUACGAGCCAUGGUCGGGAUUGGAGAGGCCAGCUACUCCACCAUUGCUCCCACCAUCAUCGGUGACCUCUUUGUGGGGACUCAACGUAGCACCAUGAUUCUGGUGUUUUAUCUCUUUAUCCCUGUAGGAAGUGGUCUUGGAUACAUAACAGGGGCAGGAGUUGCUGCUAUAACAGGAGACUGGCACUGGGCUCUCAGGAUCACCCCCAUCUUGGGUGUAGUGGGACUUGUCUUGCUGGUCUUCUUAUGCCCUAACCCACCCAGAGGUGCUGCAGAAACCCACGGAGAGGGAGUUAAAGUGGAGAGCUCUUACCAGGAAGACGUCAAGUAUCUUCUGAAAAAUAAGAGUUACGUGUGGUCAUCGUUAGGGGUGACGGCUACGGCCUUCGUCACCGGAGCCCUGGGUUUCUGGACACCAGCUUUUCUGUCCAGAGCGCGGGUCAAUCUGGGACUCCAAACACCGUGCGUCGUAGAGCCAUGCGACUCCACAGACAGUUACAUCUUCGGUGCUGUGACGGUGGUGACGGGCAUUCUGGGAGCUUGUCUUGGCAGUGGUUUAUCUCGAUGGUUUGGUGAAAAGGUCCCAAAUGUGGACCCUCUGAUCUGCGCAGUAGGCCUGCUAGGAGCGGCGCCCUGCCUCUUUAUUGCCAUCUUUGUGGCAUCUGCAAGCAUUCCCACAACUUAUGUGUUCAUUUUCAUUGGUGAACUUUUGAUAUCGCUGAACUGGGCUGUCAUGGCUGACAUACUGCUGUAUGUUAUCGUACCAACCAGAAGGUCUACUGCUGAGGCUCUCCAGAUUUCAGUCUGUCAUCUCCUGGGUGAUGCUGGGAGUCCUUACUUAGUAGGAGUGAUCUCUGAUGCUGUACGCAACUCUAAACCUGAGAAUCAGGGUUGGAGCUUCCAUAGUCUGAAGUACAGCCUCCUGGUCUGCCCAUUUGUCGGGAUCCUGGGUGGAUUGUUUUUCCUCCUGACUUCCGUUUACAUUACUGAAGACAGGAAGGAAGCUGCACUGUUGGUUGAAGGACCUUCCCAAACACAGCAGGAUGCUACAUCCGAGCCCCCAAUAGAACUGAGCAACGGGGACAAAACUGUAAACAUUUAAAGUUAAGGUAACAACUUUUGGACAAGAUCCCUUAUUAUUAUUUUACAACCCACACUGAUGACAGAUGCAAGAGGAGAAGCUGCUUUUUAUAAUGCUGUCUGUUUACCCUCAAUUUAAUUGUGUCUUCUGCUGAUGCAAUCAAGUCACAACAAGGGCUUUAAAAUUGCCUAAAUAAAGCACUUCGAUCAUAGGCUACAUCCUGAUACAUAUUUGUUUAGGACAGGCGGUUUCACUAACAAAAAGCUCUGUUAACUCAGCGUUUUUUGAAUGAGUUCAUGCCAGCAUGCCUGAAAAUGAAUAUCACGUGAUUAUUAUCACACAGGAUAUACUUUAACGGGCAAAUUCCAUGGGAAAAAAAUGAGUUACGGGGCUGCAGGUCUAGAUGUUCUUGUCGUUCACACACAUCAAAUUUACUUUAAAAUGAACACAUACCAAUAAAAGUAAUAGAUUAAUAGUAUUGACAGUUUUGGGGUCAAUAAAUUGGUCCACACACAGUUGUCACUCGUUUGCCCCGGAUUUUGUUGUUGUAUUUCAUAUUAGCCGUGUUGCUGAAAGUCAUUUGGUUUAUUUAAAAUGUAUUUGUGAACUCCAGAAUAGUUGUGAAGAACAAUAAAAGCCUUUUAAUACUUAUAAUAAUCAUUUAAGCAUUAUCAUAAACAUCAGAGUCUACGUCAGAGCAGACUUGGCGCUACUCUGAAAUUUAGUGACACACAGUUUCAAACCGGAAACGCAGUAGUGUGAAUGUAGCCUGUGUGCCUCAAUUUUGAUGGAACGGUUGUUUUUCAUUUUUUUAAAAUAAAUUUGUAUGUGAAACUGUUAA